UUCCACUUUGCUAAUUGCGAUUUUUUUUUUUUUUCAGAAUUACGUUUUUUCCAUCUCGCAUAGUUGUCGACUAAUCGUCUCUCGCAGUCAAUCUCACAAAAUCUCACCACCCCAGCGCCGCCGCCAUGCCGCCUUCACAACCUCGCAAUCGAUCUUCCUCCGCCGCAGGAUCUUCCUCUUCCUCAGUCAAAGCGCCAUUAAAUCCCGAUUCAUUUCUUACUGAAUUGACGGCUAUGUUUGAACGAAGUACUGAAAAGGGUUCUGUUUGGGUCACCCUUAAGCGAUCAUCAAUGAAGUCGAAGGUGCAAAGAAAUAAGAUGAAAACUGCUGGGGUAGACAUUGAUUACCGGUGUUUGAUUCGGGCUACUGACGGAAAAAAGACAAUUUCAACCACGGUCAAAUUCUGGAGUCCCAUUAUACAAAUAGGGGAGGAGAAAGCAUGCGUACUAAAAGGAUGUUUUUUUAUUUAGGUGACGUGCUUUGGCUGUCAUAAGUCGCUUGAUGCAUUAGCUGAAAAUGGCUAAUUUGCUGGCUGUUCGCAGUUUUGUGCUAAAGUAUUUAUCCAUCGACUGUGGCUGUGAAUUAUGUGAUGAGGUCCAUGGAUUGGCCUUUUUUAGCAGAUUUCUUGGUAGUAAACAGCAUUGUUAUCCAGUACUAUGUUGCAAGCAAAUGAUUACCAUUAGAGGCAUAUUCUUCUGAAAACAUGACCGUACCCCUUUGGAACUCAAAAAUUGGAACUCAAAAUCAGAAUUUACAAAAAAAGAAAUUUACAGAACGAAAAAUAAAUGAAAGAUAAAGCGUGAACGAAUUAAAAGUUGAAAGAGGAAUGGAGAGAUAAUCGCUAUAAGAAUCUUGAACGAUCGUCUUCCUUCUUUACUCUAAUUGACUUUUCUAUGAUUUCUGCAAUUAUGCAAGAUGCGGAAGUGGAUAUGUUGAUAAGCAGUUGGACUUGUAAACCUUUGUGCAUAAUCUCUUGAUUGUGCUAAAUAUAUGUUGAACUCUGAUUUAUCCAUUAGGUGGGCCCCAAGGAACAGCAGCGUUUUCAAGCUUCUUAUGCGACAUUGCUGAAAGCGCACAUGACUUCUUUAAAGAAGCGAGAACGGAAGGACAAGCGUAAAGCUGAAUCUAACAAGAAAGCGGAGGGCUCGAAGAACCUUGCUUCUUCAGCUAAGUGAAUGUAUCCCUUGUAUACACUUGUUUUGUUCUUGGGUGACAAAUCCCUUAAUAGGCUUAGAUAGAUUUUUGAAGGGAAGGCUCACCCUGAACAACCUCAAAAUCGAUUUUCAAGAUUGAUUUCGUUUUAAAAGUUAGCACGCAACACUAUGAGACUAUUCAUGAGAAUCUCGUGGAAAAGGUAUUAAUCAUAACGAAGGAAAUUAACCGAGGAAUAGAAUUGAAGCUCAAAUCUUUGGCUUGCUUAAUAGUUGUGCAAGUCCUUAUUACAUCUUAAAUUAACUAAAAAAAAUACAAUCCAUUAGCUAUUGGUUUUCAGUUGCUAAUUUACUUCAAUUUGGUUGCUUUGUAGAACGAUCCAAUUUUUAUCAAAACAAACCUGUUUGAACCCUGUAGUCAAGGCCCAACUUCAACCGAUACAUCAUCUAAACUUGUUUCAGUAGAUCUCUUAAGAGUCUCUUUGAGGGACGACUUCUAAAGCCCACCCCAAUACUUACGAUGCGUACACAUUUCACAAAACACCUACUAUAAUUUUUAGUAGGUAUUUUAAAUGUUGGAGUAGGCGUAUAAACACCUACAACACAUAACAUGAAUUCCUACACCAAGUAACCUAAACACCUACAAUAUAUAACUUAAACACCUAUUACACAUAAUAAAAAUACAUUUAACAAAUAACCUAAACACCUACAACAUAACACCUAUCUGACAACUUCAACAUAUUUAAAACACUUGACAUACUGUGAACCCGUAUUUGACAUAUUCUAAAUUUUAUAUGCUACAUACUCUAUUACGCCUUCUCACACGAGUUUUUUGAGUUAGAAUUGUAGAUGCCUCACCUGUCUUCCUCGUAAGCAUGAUACUAAAUAUUCUUCUCGAAAAACAAUGAGGAAUGAAUGAUAUUCGCUUUUCAUUACACUAGCUUCUAUUAGCACCUAAAAGGAAUCAACUUAACAAAAAGUUCAAGCCGAUGAUUAUAGCCUCAUGAUCUGUUAACGUUGUCAAACUAAAACAUGGCCAUAUUAAUAAAUAUGACAUAAAUUAAAAUUAAUUUUGGCAUGAAAGUAUUUAAGAAUUCAUUUUAGCUCAAUGCUUUAGCAAAUCAAUAGAUAAGGGAGUAUAGUAUACUUUUGACAAGACCAAGUCAAAACUUAAUAAAACUGGAAACUAACCAAACAUAAACGUAUGUUAAAAACUCUUGCCGUAUUCAUACAAUUCAACAUAAAUCAUCCUCAGGACCCGUCUCGUAAAUUUUUUUUGGGGCGGCUAUGCCAAAGUUAUGUUAGAUUUUUACACUUUAAAGAAAAAAAAAAUUAAAAUACUAGUAUACGAUAAAAUCUAUACAUUGAUUACACUAAUAAUGUUUGCCUCUUUAUUACUUAGUUACUGUCGUCUAAUAUAGUAUACAUGUGUUCAAGGUAAUUUGAAACAAGAAAUCAAAUAAGUAGAAAAAUAGAUUUUUAGGGCUCCAUUGCCCCUUUGAUAAUGAGGCCCUCUACAGUGGACUGCUUUGCACAUGAUAAUCGAUGACCGUAUUCAUCAUCAUCAUCGUUCUCGUUGCUUCCCAGUCAUUUAUAAAUAAUAAUCUUGUCUCGUCUCGCCAAGCCC